UGUCUCCCGGUUCGGUCUCUUUGGCGUUUUUUAAACAGACUGCCUGGCAGCUGUGGGCCUUGGAUAUGUCGGUGUUGCUAUGGCGGUGAAAAAAGCUUUUAUUUAAAAUAAAGCAGCCGGUAAGCUUGUGAAGAGGGUGUGGUGAAAUCGGGCUUGGAACUGGAGUAGGAUCUGUUCCCCAGGCCGGGAAAGGAUGUCGGCUCUGGAGGAAAACAAAAUGUCUGAGGCUUAUCUUUGUACAAGAUAACGUUCAUGGAAAGGUGUAAGGCAAAGUACUUUAUUGGCCAGCCAAUUUGAUUUUAGUGGAAGUUUUCCAAAGCACUAACAGAAAUGGGUAUGAGAAUUAAACUGCACAGUGCUGACCACCCUAAUAACCUUCUUAAGGAACUCAAUAAGUUUAGGCUGUCCGAAACCAUGUGCGAUGUAAUUAUUGUGGUUGGCAACCGAACAUUUUCAGCACAUAAGUCAGUGCUGGCAUGUGCUGCUGGCUACUUCCAGAAGCUCUUUCUGAAUUCCGAGGUUAACACUGCAAGAACAUACGUGGUAGACUUUAUCACCCCGGCAAAUUUUGAAAGAAUUUUGAGUUUUAUCUACACAGCUGAGCUUUUCACUGAUCUCAUCAAUGUGGGUGUUAUCUAUGAGAUGGCAGAGAAGUUAGGCAUGCAGGAUCUCCUGAAGGCCUGUUACUCUACCUUCCCUGACUUGGAAAAAACAGAAACUAACAAACCAACAGUGGGAUCAACUGAAGGCUAUGCACCUCUCACUGGGGCCUCGAAUGACCAAAAUCCCCCCGUGUCUGACUCCAGAGGCCAAGGCCCACAGUUUUGUCAAAACAGAGGUUAUAUCAUGCAGGUUGAAGUAGGAGAGAGUUUUAAGAGUGAAGAACGAAACCUUGUGAAUGAAAAUGGUCCGAGUAUGCCAGUGAUGUACCAACAGUCAGCAAAGACUGAAGAUAACCUGGAGAUGGAGUACAGCCAGUCCACAUCAACUGAAAAUGUGCCUCUGACCCCGAGUAAAGGUCCAUGUGAGCUGUAUGAAAUACAGAGUAAUGGAUAUUACAAUCAAACAAGUUUAUUGAUGGCUGGAGAAUCUCUCAAAGAGAAUAAUGGUUCCUGUGUCAGUAACAAUGUUGACCUCCAGGUUCAUUCAAUAAAAGAAAUGGAAUGCAUGCAAUUUGAAGGUAUUGAACAAGAUGGCCUUCAUUUCGAUGAUCACCAAGAGAGCAGAGGUCCUUCUGAAGAGAUAAUUGAGCUAACAGACGACAGCGAAGACGAAAAUCUUGUCUGUGUUAAGGAUGUUAACGGUGAAGGUAAGAGCAUGCCGUGCCAGGUGUGUGGCAAGGUCUUACCGCCCAACAUAGGAUUGAUUAGGCAACAUGGUAAACUCCACAUUGAUGCAAAAGAGGGGCUGUGCACAGUGUGUGGCGCCAAAUUUACUGACAGGAGCUCUCGAAUCACCCACGUUUUGUCUCACAUUGGAAUUUUCCUCUUCUCAUGUGACAUGUGUGAAAUGAAGUUUGUGACACAGUGGCAAGUGGCUGGACAUAGAAAAGGGAAACCACAUGACACUAACAUUAUUGUACAGCCAAAUACCAUCCUGCCAGCCGAAGCUAAUUUUGGGGGCUCUCCCACAGAACUGUUUUGUGCUGUCUGUGGAAAGGCCAUGACUAAAGACUACCUUGCUGUGAAAGAGCAUAUCCUUUCUCAUCUUGACAUGAAAAGUCUCUCCUGUUGUGUCUGCGAACAGCCGUCUAGAUCAGUCUGUAGCCUAAUGUGGCAUGUUUUGUCCCACAUGAAUAUAUCCAUCUUUUCCUGUUCUGUAUGUGGUAAUAGCUUUGUAGAUCGAACUGUUCUAGAACAACACAUGGCCUCUCACCAGGGUAUGGAAUAUUUAUAUGAAUGUAAUUUCUGCAGUAGAAAAUUCCGGUUAGAAGCCUCUUAUCAAAACCAUGUGAAGAUACAUAAGAGGCAUAAUUUAGACAGCACAAAAGGUCUCAUUACUCAACACCAGUGGCUCAAAAAGACCUUAACAACGUCACCGUCAGACGAGUCUACGAGUGAUGGACAAAUGCCUGGUGUACAUCAAGAGACUCUUCUGACCCUUCCCUCAAAGACCAACUCUAAAGGGAACUGGUAUGAAUGUGAAUUUUGCGGGAAGAGGUUUUCCCAUUCUAGUGAGUUUCAGUAUCACCUGCGAAUCCACUCGGGAGAGAAGCCCUAUGAAUGCAAGCUGUGCCACAAGUUCUUCAGGGGGCGAUCAACUGUCAAAAACCAUCUAAAGACCCAUUCAGGUGCUCUCAUGUAUUGCUGCACAGUUUGCCAGAAGUAUUGUCCCACCCUGAACCUUAUGAUUAAACACGUGGAGAUGCACAAAGAUGGAGGCCUUCCUCCUGACUUUAACAUUGCACAGACUUUUAUGUACAUUGUGCAUUCCAAACAGCCAGUAAAAAUGAUGGACUAACCUUACCUGGAAAGGAACCAGUCCUAAUGUUGGUUUGAAAAACUGUAUUCAGAAAUAGACAUCAAAUAAAGUCUCAUUUUAAUGUACAGUGGAACCUUCAAAACUAAUCACCUUUUUAAGGAGAGGUGCUAGUUGAUAGAACUUUAAAAAAUUAAAUUUUAUAAAUAUUGCUA